CUCUAUCAAUGGCCUGGAUUUUUUUGAAAGCUCCUCUUGUCUUUCUCAUAUUGUUGUCAACAUCUAUCUCCUCUUCCAUGGCCACUACCCUCAAGUUUCAAGCUGUCAAAGGCGGUUAUUGGCCCUCGUGGGAUCUUAACUUCCCUCCGUCCGCCAUCAACACAUCUUACUUCACUCACAUCUACUAUGCUUUCCUUUCUCCAAACAAUGUCACAUUUGAGUUUAACGUUUCAAAUUCAGAAACCAUUGGACUAAGAAGCUUCACUUCGACCCUCCACAACAAGAAUCCGCCCGUGAAAGCGAUCUUUUCGGUUGGGGGAGCGGCAGAAGGGGCGGCGCUUUUUUCUCGAAUGGCAUCAAAAUCCUCCUCUCGCAAAAACUUCAUUUGUUCUUCCAUAAAAGUGGCUAGAGAUUUCGGUUUUGAUGGGGUCGAUCUCGAUUGGGAAUUCCCCACGACACCAAAUGACAUGCGAAACUUCGGCCUUUUGUUACAUGAAUGGCGAGCCGAAGCCCAAAAGGAGGCGAGGGAAACGGGCAAAGCCGAAAUUCUCAUUGUCGCCGCGGUUUACUAUAAAGCGGACAUCAUAGGACUGGGUGGGCCUUAUCGGGCAUAUCCAAUAUCUUCAAUAGCGAAGAAUUUGGACUGGAUCAACGCCAUGUGUUACGAUUAUAAAGGUUCAUGGGACACCUCAGCGACAGGUGCUCAUGCAGCACUUUUCGACCCGAAAGGUAACCUGAGCACGAGUUACGGACUUUCUUCAUGGAUACGGGCCGGGCUUCCUCAGAGCAAGUUGAUUAUGGGCAUACCGCUCUAUGGAAAAACGUGGAAACUCAAAGAUCCGAGAGAUUAUGGGAUUGGGUCGCAAGCAGUGGGUGUUGGGCCGGGUCAAAAUGGGCAAGGAACACUAACUUAUGCUGAGGUGGAGGCUUUUAACAAAGAGAAUGAUGCCACGGUGGUGCAUGACGUGGACACCAUGUCAGCUUAUUCUUUCUCGGGUACUUCUUGGAUUGGGUAUGAUGAUGAUUGGACAAGUAUGGUGAAGGUUGGGUAUGCUCAAGGUCUUGGCUUACGUGGCUACUUCUUUUGGGCCAUCAAUGGGGACUAUAAUUGGAAAGUAUCUAGACAAGCUUCAAAGAUAUGGGUACUCUAG